GCACGACAUCUUAAAAAAAAAAUGGGUACUUUCGAGACCACUACGCUCACGGCUCUCAGAUCAGAAGAGCAACUAAAUCUACUCAAUGAGAUUGACACGCUCCGCCGUUCAGGUAUUAGUGAUCAUGUCUCCCUGCCACAAAUUGCCGUUUGUGGAGAUCAAUCUAGUGGGAAAAGCUCCUGCUUAGAGGCCAUCUCUGGAAUUCCCUUUCCGCGCAAGGAUACCUUGUGUACUCGCUUUGCGACCGAGCUUGUUCUCCGCAAGAGUUCCGUGGAGUCGGUCGUGGUAAAUAUCGUUCCUAGCCAAAAGAGGUCUCAGAAAGAGAGCCAGGAACUCGCCGGCUUUCAGUACACGCUUCAGUCUUUUGACAAAUUACCGGAAUUGAUAGAAUCUGCCAAGAUUGCUCUAGGUCUUGACAAGCCCGGAAGCGGGUUCUCUUCAGACAUUCUUCGCAUCGAAAUUUCUGGCCCGACAAGGCCCCAUCUAACAGUUGUUGACUUACCCGGUUUGAUCCACGCCAAGAACGAUGCUGAAGAUGAAGAGAAUGUGGAGGAAGUGGUAUCUGAACUCGUUUACUCAUAUAUGCGCCGUCCAAGAACAAUAAUAUUGGCGGUUGUCUCUGCGCUAAACGAUCGGGCUCUCCAAGCAGUGUUAAAGCAAGUCAAAGGAGUGGAUCCACACGGUAGACGCACUAUGGGCUUAAUCACGAAGCCUGACACUCUAUUUGAGGACUCCGAUAGCGAGAAAGACUUCGUCAAGCUAGCUUUAAAUGAAGUAACGCAUCUCAGACUCGGUUGGCACGUACUGAGGAACCGCGAUUUCAACACGAAACAUGUCACUUCUGUGGAGAGAGACAGGAUAGAGGAAGAGUUUUUCUCACAGGGGAUUUGGAAAACACUGCCUCGGGGAAUCUUAGGAGUGUCACAGUUGCGAGAGCGUCUGAGUAGGGUUCUAUUGGACCAUAUCAAGUCGGAGCUGCCAGCUCUCAUCCGCGAGAUUCAAGACAUUUUGCACGAGUCACAGCAAGCAGUUAUGAAACUCGGGGAUCGCCGCGGAAACGCUGAGCAACAACGUUUGUACCUUUUAAAGCAUAGCCAGCAAUUUACAAACAUCUGCAGAGCCUCGUGUGACGGUAUAUACGAGGACAAGUUUUUCGGAGAUCUUGCUGGUGAAGAGUUUAAGACCCGUAGAUUUCGAGCCGUUGUUCAGAAUCUAAAUCUGGCAUUCGCCGAAAUGGUGCGGCUAAACGGCCAACGUAUCUAUCUUCGGGGAAAUGGACUCGAAGGGAAAAGUAGUGAGGCUAUCUCUUGGGUUCGAGACAUGUUAAUUUCUUCGAGAGGAAGAGAGCUACCAGGAACUUUCAGCCCGAUGCUGAUUGGAGAUUUAUUCAGAGUGCAAUCGAAGCCAUGGGAAACCAUCUCCAAAGACCACCUCCAGGACAUCUGGAAAAAAGCUCGUGGUCAUUUAGAGGAUAUAUUGUCGUCUCUCAUGGAUUCUGAGGCGUAUAUGGCGUUGCUCAUGCUUUACGUCGACCCAUUGAUGGAAAAGCUGCUGAAGAGAGCCACUGGCGAAUUGGACAGAUUAUUCCGUGAUCGGCAGAGACAUGCCAUAACCUAUAACCAUUACUUCACCGAAACCGUCCAGAAAAUUUCUGAUUCUCGUAAUCAAAAGAAACUCUUAGAAGUCUUAGAAAAAGCGUUUCCUGUAGAUAGCUACAAUCAAAUUCGUACUGGACCGAAGGAUCUCUCGAAAAUAUGCUCUAUGAUGUCGGAAUCUAUACCAGAUAUGGAUACGCGUGCUAGCAUCGAGCUUCUUGAUCAUUUGGAAGCGUUUUACAAGGUGGCAAUGAAGACUUUCGUGGACAAUGUAUCUAUCCAGGUUAUAGAGGCAUCAAUCGUGGACAAUCUGGCGGAUAUCUUCAAUCCACUUGUAGUAGCACAGAUGACCAGCGAACUUGUUUCACAAAUUGCUGCUGAGUCACAGGAGAAUCAGACGCAAAGAGAGCGCCUGGAAAAGAAAAUACAUAUUCUAGAGGAAGGCUUAAAGACCUGCAAACGGCAUGCCGGUCGCUAUGCUUCAGAAGUUGCUCUUGAAGACCCUCCGACCCCCGUAAUACAGACACCAAAGUCCCAUGCGCCCUCUGUAGCUGAGCUGUACAUCUCGAAUGUUUCAAGUGUGGAGACCGAGGUCGAACAUCACGCAGCUGAUCAAGGAGAAGAAGCGAACAAUUCGGUGAAUUGAUCUGGUAUAGACCUCUCAACUUUCAGCUGUAAUAACUAAAUGUUCUGAUAGGUGGAUGCGACUCCUGCUCAUACGCACGCAGCAAAAAAAGGUGGAGGAAUUAAAGAGAUUUUCGGGCGGGAAGCUUGUGGAGAAAAACGAACCAAGAAGAAGAAGAAACUUAAGGACUCCCCAUUUAUUCGAACUUGUGUUUAUGAAGAAUGAAGCUGGGGUUCUGGAUCUCUGCAGUCACAACUUUCAAGCUAGAUCAACUUGAUAUUGAAUACUGCAUUAUUGUUGCUCAAAUACUUCUUAUCCUUUCUCUUUUGCGUUCCCACGCCUCCAAAGUACCCUCGACAUUAUCCCUAGCUCACAAGUUGCCCUGUGUGUAGAAUGUCUCUAAAGCUAGAUGCCAUGGUCUAUGAUUUUCGUGACUCUUGAUAUCAUCGGUAGGCAAGACAAGUCUGCUAGAGUAAAUGGACUAAGCAUGUGAAAAACAGAGUGCAAGUGGGAUAAACGACCAAGCAGAUAUUUCUAGUUCGCGAUAUAACGGGGGCGAUACCACCUACUUGGAAAAUAAUGUGUUAAAGUAUGUGAAACUCCAGGGGCUUUCAUCAAGUUCCAAAAUUUCCCGGUUUAAGUUCA